AUGGGCGCCUCUGAUAAUCCAUCUUCGGCGCGGGACAACUCGUUGGACAAGCCGAAGUUCCUCCAGAGAAAGACGCUGUCUGGUGUCGAUAUCGAAGGUCACAAUCUACCUCCCUCCCCCGCCCCAUCCAGUCCUCGCGACGGUCGACGGUAUGCUCUAGCUACGGAGUUAGUAUUUACAGAGGGUAAUGACCAGUUCAAUGCGAGCAGUGUGCCAAUCUACCAGAGUGCAACUUUCAAACAAACCUCCGGAAAUGGUGGCGGCGAGUACGACUACACACGAUCGGGCAAUCCCACCCGAACACAUCUAGAGCGACAUCUGGCAAAAAUUAUGUCUGCGCAGCGAGCCCUCGUGGUAUCCUCUGGAAUGGCUGCCUUGGAUGUGAUUACACGCCUUCUUAAACCAGGUGAUGAAGUUGUUACUGGUGAUGAUUUAUAUGGCGGCACACAUCGCCUUCUUAAAUAUCUAGCCACUCACGGCGGCAUAAUUGUUCACCACGUCGACACUACUCGGCCGGAGAAGGUGUCAGAAGUCCUAGGAGCGAUGACUAGACUGGUUCUGCUAGAGACUCCCACAAACCCGUUGAUAAAGAUAGUAGACAUCCCACAAAUCGCAUCAUUGACGCAUGAGGCGAACCCCAAUGCGUUGGUCGCGGUCGAUAAUACCAUGCUAUCCCCGCUCCUGCUCAACCCGCUCGACCUAGGUGCUGAUAUAGUCUACGAGAGCGGAACUAAAUACCUAUCCGGCCACCACGACUUGAUGGCCGGCGUGGUCGCCGUCAACGACUUGUCCCUAGGCGAAAAGUUAUACUUCACCAUCAACAGCUCUGGCUGUGGUCUGUCCCCCUUCGACUCCUGGCUGCUCUUGCGCGGCGUCAAGACACUAAAAGUCCGCAUGGAACAACAACAAUCCAACGCGCAGCGCAUUGCCGAAUUCCUCGAAAACCACGGCUUCCGCGUCAGAUACCCUGGCCUCAAGUCCCACCCACAAUACGACCUACAUCGCUCCAUGGCGCGAGGACCUGGUGCCGUGCUCUCGUUUGAAACGGGGGAUGUAACCACCAGCGAGAGGAUUGUGGAGAGCGCAAAACUAUGGGCUAUCAGCGUCAGCUUUGGCUGCGUUAACAGUUUGAUUAGUCUGCCCUGUCGGAUGAGUCAUGCUAGCAUUGACGCGAAAACCAGGAGGGAUAGAGAUAUGCCUGAAGAUUUGAUUCGGCUGUGUGUGGGCAUUGAGGACGUGGAUGAUCUAAUUGAUGAUUUGAGAAGAGCGCUCGUCCAAGCUGGCGCUGUAACUGUAUCACUAGACAACUUCCAAGCGGUCAACCCCGCUCCACCUAAAGGAUGA